AAGUCACAGCGCCCUCUGUGAGCGGCCAUGUUACUCUACAUGGACUUAUCUGAUUGGCUAGAACACGGCUUCCGGCGUCUGCGUGCCUGCUUGCCACACGAGGAGAAAUUUUCUGUCCUUCUGCCAUACUUUCCGGUUGAGACCUUCUCUCCGGACUUGCACAAGUAGGAACUCGUCUAACGAAUUCCACCUCAAACAAACUCUCGCAACUAAAAGUACUCAACCCAAACAUCAAAAUGUCUUUCCGCAGCAAGUCCUCUUACGGCGGCGGCUCCUACGAGCGCAAGAGUUAUGGCUCUUCUAACGGCUACUCCGGUGGUGGUGGCGGCGGUGGCUACAAGAACUCGUCUUUUGGCUCUGGCAGUAGUUUCAAGCCCGACUUCAGCAACCUCACACCAUUCGUGAAGGACUUCUACAACCCCCACCCAACGGUGGCCUGCAGGCCUGCUCAUGAAGUUGAAGCGUACAGAGCUAAGCAUCAGAUCACUGUCAAGGGUCACAAUGUCCCAGACCCCAUCACCAAGUUUGCUGAAGUUAGCUUCCCUGACUAUGUUGAGUCUCAAAUUAUGCGUGAAGGGUUCUCUGAACCUACUAGCAUUCAGGCUCAGGGAUGGCCCAUUGCUUUGAGUGGCCGCAACAUGGUUGGUGUUGCCCAGACUGGCUCCGGCAAGACUCUGGCCUACACACUGCCUGCCAUUGUCCACAUCAAUGCGCAAGAGCGCCUGCGACCUGGCGAUGGCCCCAUCGCUCUAGUUCUCGCUCCUACCCGAGAGUUGGCCCAGCAGAUCCAGAUUGUUGCCAGGGACUUCGGUUCCUCCACUCGUGUGCGCAGCCUCUGUGUCUUUGGUGGAGCUCCCCGUGGAAAGCAGGCUAGUGAACUGAGACGUGGCGUCGAAUUCCUGAUUGCCACCCCUGGCCGUCUCAUUGACUUCUUGGAGGCUGGUAAUACCAACAUGCGUCGCUGCACCUACCUUGUUCUGGAUGAGGCUGACCGUAUGUUGGACAUGGGCUUCGAACCUCAAAUCAGGAAGAUCAUGGAGCAAAUUCGGCCUGACCGUCAGGUGCUCAUGUGGUCUGCUACCUGGCCAACUGAGAUCAGGAAUCUGGCAAAUGAAUUCCUUGGUGACUUCGCCCAGGUGAACAUUGGCUCUCUGGAACUUAGUGCUAACAAGAACAUUCUGCAGAUUGUUGACGUCUGUAGAGAAAAUGAGAAGGAAGACAAAUUGUACGCCCUUCUUCAAGAGAUCCAUAACGAGCCCGAAAACAAAACGAUUGUGUUCGCCAUGACCAAGAGGAAAGUUGACAACCUUGCUAGGAUGGUUAGCCGUGCAGGCUGGAAAUGUGGUGCUAUCCAUGGAGACAAAAGCCAAAUGGACAGAGAUGCUGUAUUGAGAAAUUUCCGCAAUGGCAAAAUUGACAUCUUAAUUGCAACUGAUGUUGCUGCUCGAGGACUUGAUGUGGAUGAUGUUAAGUUUGUGGUCAACUUUGAUUACCCCACUAACUCAGAGGACUAUAUCCAUCGUAUUGGACGAACUGGUAGGUCAUCGAAGACAGGAACAUCCUACGCGUUCUUCACCCAGGAUAACAGCAAGCAAGCCCGAGACCUCGUCAAUGUCCUGAAAGAGGCAAACCAGACCGUGAACCCCGAGCUCGAGUCCAUGGCCGCUCGAGGUGGUGGUGGCGGUGGCUACAGAGGAUUCAACCGCUUCGGUUCCUUCAAGGGCCGCGAGAACCGAUUUGGCGGUGGCGGCAGCCGAUUUGGAGGCGGCGGCGGCGGCGGCAGCCGGUUCGGCGGCAAGUCGUUCGGAGGAGGCGAGCGAUCCAACAGCUACAAGAAAUUCGACUAAAAGCUUUAAUUCAAGAAAUCCACCUGGUUCGUGUACUGGGAUAAGUUAAUUUCUUAUACUCAUGCAUGCAAUGAGUGACAUCUGAGCUGCAUAGCUGUUUCAGCACGAUUUAAGUUAAUUGGUGAAGUUAUGUUUUUCAGACUUCAUUCUUGCAAGCUGUGAUCUAUUGUUUGUUAUUUUCUUUUUUUUUCUUUUAGUUUUCUUACCAUUCCAAAGAUUUUUUGGAUUUCUUAGUAUUUAUUAUGUGUGGAAAAGAAAGCGAACCAGACUAGGUUAUUGUUUUCGUUGUCUUGAUCUGUUAUUAAAGUACAUUUAACUGUUAGUGUAAAUGAAUGACUAUGACAAGUCGCCAUUCAUAAUAGGUCUUGACCGGAAGUAUGGCAAAGUAACUCAUUCCUUUUAUUCUAGGAAAAAGAAAUCAGAUUUUAACCAGUGUUGUUAAUCUGUAAUUUUAUUGAAAAGGGAUUUAAAAAAAAAAAAUUGCAGUAUUAGUUACAACCUUGUUGCCGAUGAGCAAAUAAACAAGUGAUCCCACA